CGAAUGACAUGGACCUGAGACCUCUGUUAGCGAUCGUAUUCCUGCUCAUUUUCCCUUGCACUGAUUCGUUUGUCUUGAAGAAAGAAAAUGGAGACAAAGAUCCGUUGAAGCAGGAUGAUAAACCUGUGGAAGAAGAUAUCAGUGACAUCGCGAACAGAGAGUACGAGACAGAGCAUGGGCGCAUCAUCGCCGUGAACAUGGCCCACUUAAAAAGACGUGCAGCAAGGAUGAAACGAGAGAGUGUCUUCAAGGAAAUUGAAAUUAACAACGAAGAGAAACACCUUAAGCUUUAUCAAGGCGACAUUCAGCUCGAUCCCGAAUUGGAAGAAAUCCUUCAUAUUAAGCAGGGAAAGGUCAAGAGGAACGCAAUACGAGAGAAAAAGAGGCUUUGGGCUACAAGGAAAAUUCCUUAUUAUGUCCCCAGUGAAAUGGGUCACAUACUUCCAAAUCUUCAUAAAGCAAUGAAAGAAUUUCACGAUAAUACAUGUUUAAGAUUUGUUCCAUAUGACUAUAGUCAGCGAAACUACAUCAAAAUCGGUAAUGAUGACGGGUGCUCCAGUAUGGUUGGUGCGAGGUACCAUUCUAAAGGUGCGCAAGCUCUUUCGCUGGCGAAAGGAUGUGAAUUUGUGGGAACCAUAAUACAUGAGCUCAUGCAUGCCAUUGGCUUUUUUCACGAACAAGCCCGAUCAGAUAGAGAUAAAUUUGUGAAGAUCUACUGGGAAAAUAUUCUUCAAGGCUUUUCUGAUCAAUUUGACAAGUAUAGUUGGAGAACUAUUGACGAUCUUGGCAAGGACUACGACUAUGAAUCGAUUAUGCAUUACGAUCGCAGGGCAUUUACAAAGAAUGGGUCACCAACCAUUGUCAGCAUCUACGAUGAGUCGAAGGAGUUUGGUACCAAGGAAAAAAGACUGAGUCAAAGGGAUAUCAUCGAAAUAAAUGCUUUGUACGACUGCCACCAGACAACUCUCCCAGGCUGGUCUUCCUGGUCAAGCUAUACACCUUGUGAUGGGAACUGCUAUAAGAGCAGGGAGCGAUAUUGCUAUAAGCAUGGAAACCCUCAAUCCUGUCAAGGGUCCCCUAAUGUCUAUGGCAUCGAAAAGCAGACCAUCAAAUGCUCAGAUAGAGAAUGUUAUGCUAUUGAUGGUCAUUGGGGUAGAUGGUCAGACUGGUCGAGUUGCAGCGUGACCUGUGGUGAUGGCUACAGAAAGAGAUACCGAAAGUGUGACAAUCCAGCUCCUGUGCAAGGAGGUCUGAACUGCCCAGGAUUGUCAAAUGAGGCAGAGGGGUGCGUCGUGAGGAGAUGCACCUUUGAGAUUGAUGAUACUGACUUCGAAUCAAAUAUGGGAAUGUGGACAAAUGUAUAUGAUGAUAAACUAAACUGGCAGAGACAUAGUAGCUACACUAAGACAUUGAACACUGGGCCGAGCUCUGAUCACACUCUUGGAACAUUCAAGGGUGUGUACCUUUAUGUCGAAUCAUCUGCCCCUGCUCAAUCAAAUGACAAGGCUAAGCUGACUAGUCCUUGGCUGAACCCAGUGCCUGGCGGCCAAUGUCUGAAAUUCUUUUAUAACAUGUAUGGGAGAACAAUGGGUGAGCUGAUGGUGCGUAUUGAACCAGAAGGCAAGCAGUCGUAUCUCCUGUUUUAUGAAAAAGGCAAUAAAGGGAUGGGCUGGAAGGGUGUGACAAAAGACAUAGACACAGAUGUGAGGUACAAGCUGACAAUUGAAGCUCGUAUUGGUGGAACUGGCUACUCUGAUACUGCCAUCGAUGAUGUGUUCAUCGACCCUGGACAUUGCGGUUGUCAGGAUACCUAUUAUAGUGGCUGCCCUAAAUGGGCCGCUGCAGGAUACUGUCAGAACAACAAACAAUGGAUGAAGGAAUUCUGCAAAAGAAGCUGUAACUCGUGUCCGAUUAGCUGUCUGGACUCUGACGUUAUCAACUGCCCUAGAUGGGCCAUCAAAGGCAGCUGUGACAACAAUCCAUGGAUGAUGAAUAACUGUAAGAAAAGCUGUGGAGUCUGUGGAUGGAAAGAUGAAUCAAGCAGUUGUCCAGGUUGGGCAUCCGGGGCUUAUUGUGAGACGAACCCGGAAUACAUGUUGUCUACCUGUGCUUUAAGCUGUAAAGUAUGUGGUUGUAAAGACCUAGAUCCUAGCUGCCCAUCGUGGGCCCAACAGGGAGAGUGUGGCAAAAAUCCCAACUAUAUGCUUCAUACCUGCUGCCGGUCCUGCCGAUGUAAGAAUUGGGUAAAAGAUGAAGACUGCGCUGCCUGGGCAUCAGCAGGUUACUGUAAUUCAUAUCCAUCAUACAUGCUUGUCAAAUGUAAGAAGAGCUGCGCAACGUGUUAGUCAAGGAAAAUCACAACACUCACUAUAGGCUUAUUAAUCAGUUGAAUGCCGCUAGGAAUUUAUGGAGCAGUUUUCAAUUAAGCAUCAAAAGAAAUCCGGGAUCUUUGAAAUUAUAAUCAAAUGGGGAAAGUUUUUAUAGAAACUGCGGUGUUGCGUCGGUGGGGGAAUAUAACAAGGUAAUUUUAGUUUUAUCGACAUAGUUGAUGUGGUAAAUGGCCACCAUAAAGAUGUUUCGCUCUGACGAAAGGCUAACGUUCGAAACUUCACCUUUGAAACUCUUUACGGUAGCCGUUUACCAAAGCUACCUUGAAAUUGUGAUAAGUCUCCUUUUUGCUAGUUGUCCUAAAAACACUUGAAAGGGAAAAAUUGUAUUUGCGCUAAGCACUACCAAACAGAAACAAAACCUAAAUCAAUAACCAUUUGCUUACUCUCAUUUUACCGCGCUCCAACAGCUUGCCUCUUUUUAUUUGAAAGAUUUCGUUAUCUUCCUUAGAUAUUUUUUUGUUCUCAUGUCGGUUGUCGAAUAGCAUUUACUUGUCGUAAAUGGGUGAUUAUUUUUUUGCGUUUUGUCAAUAGUCAAUUAUAUUUUUCAUCCUUUGUCGGUAGUCGAUUAACCCCAUUCAUACCCUCUAUUUUGACUGAUCUUUUGACCAAUUUUGGUUUUUGUUUUAAUAUGCUCAGUUAAAAUGUGUUUUAUCUAUAGAACACAGAAGUUUAUAUCAGUAUUUACAACUUUUCUUGGUAAAGCCAAAGGAGAAAGGGUUUGUGGUAUAUAAAUGUAUCAAAAUUAUGUAAUGUUAUGGUGUGCUAUGAAUAAAUCAUAACGUUACUGUCA